CCACCUGAAGCACACUUGGCUUACGAUGACAGUACCACGGGGCUAAGGAGAACAGAUUUUUUUUUGUACAUUAGGAAGUUCAUAUACGAAGACGGAAGUUUAGUUGCUUGUAUGUGUGGUGCUACUAGUCAGUUGUUCCACAUAGUCUUAGGGGCAUUAUUAAUUGCAACAUAGUUUUUGUUAUCUCAUCCUGUUAAACAAACAGUCAGAAACGUCAGAGAAUUUCCUGAAGAGAAUGACAAGAGCACAGUUGCUAAGUAUUAGUAGGCUUCUGCAACAGUCACUAUUGAAUAAUUCUAACUAUUACUUCAGAAGAGAAAUGACCAGUGGGAUUUUAAAAGUAACACAUAAGUGUAAGGGGGAAACUGAAUGGACCUCAAAUACAGUAUCGCAGCAGUGUGAAGAAGUCGAUUUAAUGAAAAUGGAUUCACUGCAAAGAAAACUUUUGGAAGAAAUGUGCAUUGUUGUUGAUGACAGGGACAAGCCACUAUCAGCUAAGAGCAAAAAGGAUUGCCAUUUGAUGCAAAAUAUAAACAAGGGUCUAAUCCAUCGAGCUUUCAGUGUCUUCCUUUUUAAUACAAAAGGAGAAUUGCUUAUGCAACAAAGAUCUGAUUUCAAGAUAACAUUUCCUGGGAUGUAUACAAACACAUGUUGUAGUCAUCCUCUUUACAUCUCACCUGAGCUGGAGGAGCAUGAGGCUUUAGGUGUUAAGAAAGCUGCCCAGAGACGUAUGGAGAUUGAAUUGGGUAUUCAUCCAUCACAACUUCCCUUGGAUAGCUUCCAGUACCUCACUAGAAUUUUGUACACAGCAACAUCUGAUGGAGUGUGGGGUGAAAGUGAGGUUGACUACAUUCUGGUAACACAAAAAGACGUAGAUUUGAGACCCAAUAAAAAUGAAGUGAAAAACCAUUGCUAUUUGUCAAAAGGUGACAUGAAGAAUUUCUUAGACAAUCUGGAUACGUCUGGGAACCAGAUAACUCCAUGGUUUUCUUUGAUAGCCAAGAAUUUCCUCUUCAACUGGUGGGACAACCUUCACAAUCUGAAACCAUUUCAAGAUCAUAAAUCCAUUCAUCGUCUGACGUUCUAACAACAUUGGAAUUUUUCUUGUUACUUUUUGGCUUUUAUGCCUGUGUCAGGAAUAUAAUUUUGAUCAAAUGGGUCAUAUCAGUUUACUCACUUAACUGUAAUAUUACUGUGCUAUGAAGAAAUACUACAUUAGUAAAAAAAGAAA